AUGGCACAACGAUCCAUUCAGGGUAUUCAAGAUGUGCGUAUACGAACAUUAACAAUGCAUUCGGUUAUUGCUCCCGAAAACUUUCAAUUUAUAAAUAAUCACCAAAAAUGGACAUCAUCAUUAAUCUGGACUGUUUUAGUUGUAACACUUUCGACUAGUUUUGUUAUGGGUGUGAAUAAUGGUGGUCCAAAUCAAUAUAAUUCCUUCAUCGUUCCCUGGGCAAGAGGAUAUCCGUUUCCAUGUCAAAAAGCUGACGACGCAGCACGAUGGGUGGCAACUGUUUGGUGGGAUUGUAAUUAUACUGCGAUCUCACUUUUCAAUAAGACGGGUUAUUAUUAUUUACCAGCAAUACCAGCCGAUAAACAGGUCUUACAAAGCAUUAUCGAUGCAGCUCAUUCGAUAUGUUUUGUUAUUGGUGGUACAAUUGGAGGCUUAACUGGACAAUAUUGGUAUUUGCUUUUCACAAGACGGAAUGCAAUAUGUGUUGGUAUGGUUCUUGCAGUAAUAGGGUCACUUCUGAUGAUAAUUCCAUUGGAAAUUUAUAAUGGAUAUACAAAAGGUGAUCCCAGCCGAAUACAGAUUCUUGAUGCACUUGAAAAUAAAGAUAUUGCUGUCGCACUUCUUUAUCUUGCACGUUUCUUCUCUGGAUGGUCCGCUGGUAUGUGUUGUGUUGUGUCAACUAUUUAUUUAAUGGAUAUAAGUCCACGUACUAUGCGUGGUAAAGUCGUUUCAUUCCACCAGUUAUUCGUUGUCAUUGGACUGCUCGUGGGGCAAAUAGUUGGCCUUCCAUGGUUACUUGGUCAACACAAUACAUGGAAUUGGGGUAUGUCAUGGAUAGGAUUAUUCCCAUUAGCAGGUUGUUUUCUGGUGUGGUCAUUACCGGAAAGUCCAAGAUGGCUUGUGCAAGAACAUCAACGAAAUGAAGCAGCCGCAUCAUUACGUACUCUUCGACAAACUACUUCAAUACAGGCAGAGCUUGAUGAGAUCGAACGACAAGAAGCAACUGUCGCAAUACAAGACGUAUCGAUUUAUGAAGUCUUUACCUCAAAUCGUUAUCGCUGGCCAUUGUUGACCAGUAUAGCAUUAAAUGCUAUUCAACAAUUAUCUGGUAUUAAUUCUGUGUUUUUUUAUUCCAAUAAGACAUUUUCGAGUAUUGGCUUUGCCGGAGAUAAAAUCUACUGGGGUGUACUUUCAACUGGUAUUAUCAAUCUGAUUAUGACGGCAGCAUCACUCAGAUUUGUGGAAACAUUUGGUCGUCGGCCGCUGAUUUUAUAUCCUCUUAUCAUAAUUACAAUAACUAUGAUUCUACUUUGUAUUUCUAUUCAAAUUCAUAUUCCAAUACUAUCUUUGGUACUAACAUUGAUUUUCAUUGCUGUAUCUGCGGUUGGACUUGGACCUAUUCCUUAUAUAUAUCCAAAUGAAGUAUUUACAAUAAAUAUGCGACCAGCGGCUCUAUCAAUUUCAAUGUUUGCUAGCUGGUUAUGUAAUACACUCAUCAAUAUAUUAUUUCCAUUGUUAAUAUCAGUACUGGGUGGAUAUGUUUUUCUUAUUUUCUGCUUCUUUUGCAUAGUAGCUUUUGCUAUUUUAUGGUGUAAGAUGGCAGAGACAAAACAUAAAAAACUGUCCGAAAUCGAAGCUUUCUGGACUUGA